UCCAGGAAUUGAAGAAAGAUGUUGGUGAGUCCUCUCUUGUCAAACGAAACGACACUGCCAUGGUGGAUCUGUCCCCCGGACAGGGAACUAUCUUUAAGGAGCAAGAUAAGGACAGGUUAUUCUACCAUAGCAAGUCGUGCCAAUAUUAACAAGUAUCAUCCAAUUGUUGGAGUGAAGGUUAGAGGUCUAUCAGUUGAUGAGCUAAUGACUAUUGAAGAAGUGGUCAAGAAAGCAUCGCUCAUUGAAGAAAUGAACGAAAUGAGAAUAUCUUCCUUGUUGUCAGAUCAUGAUAAGUUGAAGGAGCAGUGUAUAGGUGACGGAGAGUACAGCUGUCUUUUGUGUGGUUACGAUUUCACGCAACAAAAUGCUGAAAAAUCAAAUCUAUGCCACAUAUGUGCAAAGAUGAUAUGCAGGGAGUGUCGCUAUGACGACGUGAUGUCAAACCAUCAAGUGUACCUCUGUCCUGUGUGCUUCUCUCAUAAAGAGUUAUGGGGGAAGACUGGAGCUUGGAUGGUAAACAGUUUACCGAAACAAAUUAAGAACAAAGAGAAACUGACGGAAUGGAUUAGCAAGACCUCUGAAUUAAAAAGACACAAGUCAUCUCUAGACAUGAGUGGGAUAGAACUGGGAGGAGCAAUACGCCAGGAUACUUCACAGAACCUUCUCGAGAGUAUCUCAGACACUGAGAUACUCAACGAGAACCGAUUCAGUUCUUACGACGUCAAGUUCAAAGACGAACCUAGCUCCAAUAAUCGCUCAAUUCGUAAAACAAAUGUCACCUCCAGCUGGAACACACUGGAGGGACUGCAAGAGGAAGAAAAGAUUGGUAUUGAUGAUCUCUUACUAGCGCAACAGUUGAGAUCAGAAUCACCUCAUCUGAGACUGGAAUCAGAGCACCGACGAGCAUCAGCUCAUGCUAAAGCCACACCUUCCCCACCUAGCUCUCCCAGACGCUCUAAAGCUAUGAUAGGACAGGAACAACGAGCCUCGCUGGUAAAAGCACGUAGGAACGUCCUGUCACGUACCCCCUCACCGCAGGGGUACGCUGCCGAGGGUAACUCUCCUCCAAUGCUGAGACGAGAUGGAUCUCAAGAUGAUAGCCCGGGAAUGAGGAGGCGUGGCAGUUCUAAAGAGGGGAGUGGCCUCCUCAUCGCUGGACUGAGACCCAGUCUCACUGUACCUACUAACUCAUUUGACAGUGACUCUUCUGUAGAGGUUAAUAAAGAAUUGCAACUGAUACACCAAAUGGGGAGCACGACUGAUGAAGAAAUGCCAUACAUUAUGAUAUCCAGUGAUGCAGACCUGCCAUUUUAUAAUAAAGAGGGGAGUUUGCCUAAGCUGAGGAGGAAGAAUGCAUCUAGAAGGAGGACAGGGAGUCUUACGACGAGGGGAGAGAAGGAGAAGAAGAAAGAAGAAAAGAAAGAGACUGAGAAUGACAUGUUCAAUCAGGAUGGAAUGUCUGAUCUCAGCUUUCAGCCUCUGGAGUCAGACUUGAGCUUCAAACCACUGGAGAGUGAUCUGAACUUCCGCCAGCCAGCAGCUCAAAACAAAAGUGAUGAAAAUGAAGAGAAAGGAGAAGAGAGCAAAUUGUCUGAAGACAUCACUAAAGCAGCAGCAUCUGUAAUACCAGCGGCUACUGGAGAUCAUGAAAUGAAAACAGAAAAAGAAGAAGAGAAGACAAAAAUGGAGGAAACACACCAAUCACUACCUGAACCUAGUCCUGUCCAGGAGGAUAUCACUCCACCUGCUAGUGUCCUAACUACUGAUGAUACAACCACACCUCCUACAGUACCCAGUGUUAGCGAUACUCUACCUGCUCCAGUUCCUGUUGUUAGCGAUACUCCACCUGCUACAGUUCCUGUUGUUAGCGAUACUCCACCUGCUACAGUUGAUGAUACUUCACCUGCUACAGUUGAUGAUACUUCACCUGCUCCAGUUCCUAUCAUUGAUGAUACUCCACCUGCUAGUGUCCCCAGUACUGAUGAUACAGGAACAGCUGCUAUAGUUCCACCUGGUGUCGAUGAUAAUACUCCAUCACUGAAUGAAGACUUGUCAGAUUUAAGUUUCUCCUUCAGGAAAUCGGACGAUGAAGAAGAAGAAAAAUUUAAAAUUACAACAAAUAAACCGCAAGCGACAGCUGCUCUCUCUCCUACCUCAUCGCCUCAAAUUAGCAAAUCAGUGACUCCUCCCACUGCUGAUUUAGUGACUCAGUCACCAAUAAAAACUCUGCCCCCUCAGUCACCGGAAAGAGACACGCCCACACCUACAAAAUCCCCAUCUCCUCAUCGAAGGAAACUUGUUGUUAAAUCAACUCCAAGUCAAAAGGAAUUGGAAACUCCACCCACUUCCUCAGCCUCACCAGAAAAAACUAAAAAUGAAGUAGCAAAAGAAGAGGAAGAAUUUGAAAAGAAACUGGAAGAGAAACCAUCUUCAUCUCUGAGACGUAAAAAUGCAACGAGAUUAUCACGAUCACCUCGUCGUGAUAGCAGUAAAAGCGAGGCCACACCCUCCACAACUCAAGAAGGAGAAAUGGGAACACUUGAAAGAAAAAGAGCAAAAGCUCGAGAAGCUGCCAGACGACUCAGAGAAUCAGGACAGUCAUCACAAUAUCGUAUGGAGGGAGAAACAACUCCAGCUGUUCCUGAUAAUGACGGAAUGAGCUCUUUGGAAAGGAAGAGAGCUAAGGCAAAGGAAGCAGCGAAAAGAAUGAGAGAAAGUGGAGAGAGUUCUCAGUCCAGGAUUGAGAGAGACGCAAAAGGAGAAAUAAUUCAAGAAACUCUUUACAACGUUGAGUACAAGUCCGGAUCACGCCCCUCAUUGAUAUAAUAACAAUAAUAAAUAAUUAAUUAAUUAAUUAAUUAAUUAAUGAUUACUGGUACAUGUAAUGCAGUGACGUUCCUUUUUGAAAAACUGUUUGUUUUUUAAAUUAAAA